AUGGGAAUAAGUUUGGAAAAUAUAAAACGAAAUCUCCCUCUGGGUAUAGAACUUUUACCUGGUGAAACUGUUGAAAUAUUAGAAACAACGACUUCAAUAAAAUUAUUUGAAGCAACCGUCGAAGGGGGCUUUACAGAAUGUGGUGAUGUUGGUAUUGGUGAAUUAUAUAACUUGACAGAUAUCAUCAAUAAGUCCACAAUAUUAGUUACCAAUUAUCGAAUUUGUUAUCAACCAAUGAAAAAUCUUUCAAAAUCUUUAUACUCUUCUACGUCAUCAUUGUCAUCAAUAGUAGACACAAGUCAUCCACGUACAGUACAAAUUCCGCAUUUGUCAAUUUCAACGCUUGAUGAAUCACAAAAAAAUCAAAUAAUUAUAUCACUAAAACUUUCCCCGUUAAAAUAUUUGAUUAAAUUUUCUAAACCAAAACCUAGUAAUAAUGGUAUUGGUCUUAUUCAUAAUAGGGCAACAGCAAAUUCUUUGUGUCAUGACUUUUCUUUUACAUUGAAAAAGUUUAUUAAACCAAAUAGUAUCGAAAGUGUUUUCGCGUUUCGCAUGGGCGAAAGUGAAGUUAAUAAUAAUGUUGAUAAUUAUAAUGAAAAUGAGGAAAUCAGAGUAAAAAAAAGAAGACAAUUAACUAAUGAAGAAAAAAUUCUUGAAGAAUUAUAUGGUGGAAUUAGUAGUGAGGAAGAAGUUGAUGACGAUUUUUUACGGAGAGGAUUAGAUAAAAAUAUUUACAAACGAUAUCAUAAAUUAGGAUGGUCUAAUGGUUAUAAAAUUCAAAAAGAAUUUGGAAGGAUGCAAUUGAGCGAAGAUUCAUGGAGCAUUGCAUCAUACAAUGAUGACUUUUCGUUGUCGCCAACAUAUCCAAAGGAUUUUAUUUUACCUUCCCGUAUCCUUAAAAAGGAUGCAAUAUUUGCAUGCGAAUCUUUUGAUACAAGUGCAAAGAGUGAUUCUUAUGAAAUUUCAACAGCAUUACAAUCAAGCCCUGAAUUUUUCCAAAAACUUGUAAGAUUCAGAAAAAAUGGGCGAUUCCCAAUAAUUUGUUGGAAAAGAGGUCAUCACGUAUUAAUGAGAAGCGGCCAACCAAUGGUUUCAAUUUUAGGUUGGAGAGAAAAGUGUACAAAUACAAAAAUUUGUAUUUUGGACGCAAGAAGCUAUUCUGCUGCAUUUUCAAAUGGUUUAGCUUGCGGUGGAUAUGAAAAAUGUGAAAAUUAUCCGCCAAAUACGACAUUGCUAUUUCUUGGUCUGUCAAACAUUCACGCCAUUUCUUCUUCUCAUUCAUCCUUAUUAAAUGCUAUCGCAUCUCAUGCAUCGUCCUCUAAAUGGUUCUCAGUAUUAGAAUCUACUGGUUGGUUAGGUCACGUUGCUGAUUUGUUAAAAGCUGCUGGUGGAAAAGAUGGUGUCGUCGGAAAAAUCAUUGACGAAGAUGCAAGUGUUUUAGUGCAUUGCACGGAUGGUUGGGAUAGAACGACUCAAUUAGUGUCUUUGUCACAAAUAAUGUUGGAUCCAUUUUACCGAACUAUAAAAGGAUUUCAAGUAUUAAUAGAGAAAGAAUGGAUCGCGCAUGGACAUCCAUUUAGAGCUCGUGGUGACCUCCCAACAAAUAUUCGAAACGAUGAUUCUCUAAUUCCGCCUAGAGAGGAACAACAAUCAUCUACGAGACCAAAUUGUCAACAGCCACUUGCAGUGCAAUCAGCACCCGCACCAGUGUUUCUUUUAUUCCUAACAUGUUUGCAUCAUUUGCUGCAACAGUUUCCUUCAUCAUUUGAAUAUAAUGAUUUUUUCCUUUUAUGUUUGGCAAAAGCUGCAGCAGGAAAUUCGCCUUACGGUGAUUUUCUUUGUAAUUCCGAAUGUGAAAGAGAAUAUGUUCAAUUAAGAGAAAGGACGAAAAGCAUUUGGUCAUGGGUUAGAGAACAUAAACAAUGGUUUAGAAAUCCAAGGUAUUAUCAAAAUACCCAAUAUGAAAAUCAAAAUAAUAUUAGUGUAUGGUUUGAUGAUAAAUGGAAAAAGGAAGUUUUAAGACCCGAUACGGGAGCAAGGUUCAUCACUUUAUGGAACGAAUAUUAUUUUCCCAAAGAUAAUUUUUCUAUAACGUUAUUAUCGAUCCCUCCAGGCUACGAAAUACCUUUCCCUACAGGAUUGGUCGAAACUCCGAGAUCUUGUCAUUCCUCUGAAUAUGCACUUAUUAAACUUUUAAUGAAAAGUAAAGAGAGAAGAAUUGCCCAAAAGGUUUGGAAGAUUUGGAGAUCCUUUGUAUUAGAAAAGAAAAAUAAUCAAUUAUUACCAAUUAUAAAGCUCGACGGUGAUGAUGAUAUAAAUAAUGGAGAAAGUGAUGAGAUGGAAGUCGAAAUGAUGGGAUCUUCGGUUUGGCAUGAUUCAAAUAUUGUGGUGACGGACAAAUCCAAUGAUAAGAAGGAUAUACGCAAGUCAUCUAAAAAAACAAAUAUUAUUGAAGAUAAUGCAGAAUCAAAAUACCUUUUGGUCAUGUCACCAGAAAAAUCGAAAAUUUACGAUAAUCAUCAUAAAAAUUAUUUAGGUGUACCUUCACCGACACAUCUAUCUUCAUCACUGAGUGAAUUAUUACCAGCAAAAGAGGAUUAUUUUUCAGAAGAGGAAGAGCCAAAACCCGUUUAUCCUGCAAAUAAAGGGGAAGAAGAAAGAUGUUCAUCAUCACCACAGCAAUGGGUUUAUUUAUGUAGACAAAAUCGAAAACUUGAUGAUUCAAAAGAUUCAUCACAGACGUUGGCUGAAUUACUUAAAGAAGCUCAACUAGAUGAUCACUAUUUAUGCCAAAGUAAAUGUCGUGAAUCAAAAGGAAUAAUUGAUUUGUUAAAAGAAGCCCAAUUAGAUAAUGAUUCCUUACUAUCGAAGCAAAGAAAUAUGUCAAUCAGUAGCAAUCCUUUAUUAUCGAAGCAAAGAUCUAGUAACUAUUCUCUAUCAUUGAAACAAAGAAAUAUGCCAACUAGCAACAUUUCUUUGUCAUCAAGGCAAAGGCAUAUGUCAACUAUUGAUAACAAUUCUUUAUCGUCGAAGCAAAGGAACGUGUCAACUAAUGAUUCAUUUUCUAAACAAAGAGAGAUGUCAACCAAUAAAGGAAUUUCACCCACUUCACCUUCAAGAAAUUGUAGAACUUCUAUUCGUACAAACCAUUUUACAGAACCCAAUCGAGAUUUAAUUUCAAAUGAAAUUAAUUCCAAUAUUGGUUUAAAUUCUGUAGAAAAUGAUCUCACCGAAUUUGUAUUAGUUUAA